UUAUUUAUUUUUAACUUCCAGAGGGGGAAGAAAAUGCAACAAGAGCUCUAGACUUCAACUGGGGACUUCACCAUGGAAGACUUGGAAAGACAUCACUUCAGUUCAGUGGAAGAAGAAACUAGAUACUGGAAAGAACUGGCGAUGAAGUACAAGCAGUGUGCAGAGAAUACACAGGAGGAGCUGCGGGAGUUCCAGGAGGGGAGCCGGGAGUAUGAAGCAGAGCUGGAGACACAGCUGCAGCAAACAGAAUCCAGAAAUCGGGACCUUCUGUCAGAAAAUAAUCGCCUUCGAAUGGAGCUGGAGUCAAUUAAGGAAAAGAUUGAAAUGCAGCAUUCAGAAGGCUAUCGGCAGAUCUCCUCACUAGAAGAAGACCUGGCGCAGACAAAAGCCAUUAAAGAUCAACUUCAGAAGUAUAUUCGGGAACUUGAGCAAGCAAAUGAUGACUUGGAAAGAGCAAAAAGAGCCACUAUAAUGUCCCUGGAAGAUUUUGAACAGCGUUUAAACCAGGCUAUUGAAAGAAAUGCCUUUCUGGAAAGUGAGCUGGAUGAGAAGGAGAACCUCCUGGAGUCAGUGCAGCGCCUGAAGGAUGAAGCUAGAGACUUACGGCAAGAACUUGCAGUGCAGCAGAAGCAGGAGAAACCCAAAACGCCUAUACGAAGUACUCUGGAGGCAGAAAGAACGGACACAGCUGUGCAAGCAACCUUAUCCGUGCCUUCUACCCCUAUAGCCCAUAGGGGACCCAGUGUCAGUCUGAGCACUCCAGGAACUUUCAGAAGAGGUUUUGAAGAUGGUUACAGUGGGGCUCCCCUCACGCCAGCUGCUAGGAUAUCCGCACUUAACAUUGUGGGAGACUUGCUACGGAAAGUAGGGGCCUUGGAGUCCAAGCUUGCAUCGUGUCGGAAUUUUGUGUAUGACCAGUCGCCGAACAGAACCAUCGUGUCCUCAUCCCCAUUCAUGAACAGGAGCAGAGAUGGCUUUGAACGACUGGGCCCUUCCCAUCUCCCCCUGUGUGAUACAGGGUUAGUGAAACGUCUGGAGUUUGGAACAAGGCCUUCAAACAUUGGAGCCCCAAUGGCCCAUUCCCCACAAGGUGUAGUCAAGAUGUUACUCUGAGAAGAUCAUGGGAUUAAGACCACAGCAUUUUGGUUUUUGUUUUUUUUUCCCCAAAGGAGAAAACUCUUCCAAGCUCUUUAGUUCUAAACAGGAUAUUAACAUAGAGUUGCAGUAGUAAGUAACUGGAAUAAGGGUAAAUGAGCUGGAAAUGCAACAACCUUCAUCUCAGCCUGUGACAAAGUAGCAUGGGACUGUGAAUCCUGUCAGCUGCUGUAUAUUAGCUUCUUGAGGGCUUCUUCUGUGACACUGCUGGUAUAAACUGCCACUGCCAUCUGAAGAGACACUAUUUCCCACCCUCCCCAAAUAAAUAACAAAUGUCAUUGUAUGCAGCACAACUACUGUUCUAGCUUGAAUCACGAUGAUAACUUUCUAGUGCAGGCCACACACAUCAGUAACCCAAAUUGGGAGGCAGGAUAUUCUUCCAUUAGUUCCAAGGUGAGACUCUGGAUAAACAACAAUGCAAUUGCAAGUAAGCUUUAUAUGAGACUACGUGGAGAAAUUUUAUUGCUGGAAUCUCAUUGACCAUCUGCCUUUGAGGCUGGAGAAAGUGACUUUUCAUUAAGAUUUCCUACUGGUUGAAGGAGGCAGGGAAUGCUCAAUGGCUGCAUUUUUCAAGACAGCCAGAAUGUGCCAUGGUUCUUUGCACUGAUUUAAUGAACACAUUCAGGUUUCCUGCAAUUUCCACAUGACCGUCUUCCUUGGGUUAUGAUCUCAAUGGUGGAGCUUUUUUUUUUUUUUUUUGCUUUCUAAACCUCCUAUUAUUGAUGUGCCUUGUGUGUUUAGUGUAAGAAUGCACCCUUUCUAGUUGCUCCUGAUACUAACUUAGAAAUGCCUUUUUAACCUGAGAAAUCCUUAAUGCUGGUCAAAGUAUUAAAAUGAAUUUUUUAAAGUAGGUUUUUAUCCAAUAAAAUAAGAGCUUUUUUUUUAAUGGAGCAAAGUCACUUGUAUCAAUAUUAUAUCAUAGAAAUUUGUAACAAAUAUUUUUUGCACUAUUUUUGCACAAAUUAUGAAUAGAUAAAGAAGGUGUUUUUUAUGUUUGACUCAGCAUUCAGGUACUGUUGUAACAGUGUCUUUCUCAGGCACUGUAUGUCUACGGUAUAGGAAAUAACCUCAGGUUAAUCCCACUCUUUUUAUAAUGUCUGGUUUUAUCAGUGAACAGAAUAAAGCUUAUUCUGAAUGCUGGUCUGUGGUUAACAUUACCUGAUCCACUCUGAAUUCACUGGAAGUUGUAUUUACAAUUUAUGUACAAAUAUUGGUCUAUCAGUUUCUCAGCUUGUUUGUUCUGCUAUAUGUAGCAUGAAACACAGCCAUACUUAUCAAGUGUAAAGAGUUCAGACAGUAUUCUUCUCACUCCUACUGUUUUGUGCCUGGGGGGGGUAUUAGUCCUGAUGGCCACGUCUCUAGGAGUGAUUCCUAGCGAAGCGCUGUCUUUCAUUUAUGUGGCCUUCGUUACUGUAAUGAGGAAGGUCAUGAGAUGUACUAAAUUGCCUGCCAAAAUCUUUAGGUGGUUGAACACAUUUAAAAAUCUGAUUCCUGUUUCUCUCUGAGCUAGGGAAUAGGGAAGUGAUAUUAUUAUUUUCAAGCUAGGGACCUAAGACAUAAGAGAGUCUGAAGGCUUGUUUACGUGUAUAAAAAUGUCAGAAUAGCUCCCUGUGGAAACAUAUUUUAUCCUGGAACAAACAUCACAUGGAGGAUUCAUAGACAUUUGGGCUGGAAGGGACUGCGAAGGAUCAUCGAGUCCAGCCCCCUAAUUUAUUUCAAAAUCAUUGUUCUGGUAAAUGUCCAAAUGUAGAUAUACCCUUUCUGGGUCUCUGAUACCACACAGGGCUUGCAGAACAGACACUUGAACCUGUGACUCCUAGAACCCAACCAGAAGACCAGCCUUCAUUUUUCUUUGGUGCCUUUGCAGACAUACACGUGACACUCUCUCUGGAAGAACCCAGCAUCCAGUGACAGGUUCAGCUCUUGGGCCCUGUGAGUAAGGCUGCUUUAUAUCAGCUGUUUGAAGCCAAACUUCUUCCAUUUUUCUACAUUGCCGGCUGGAGUGUAAGGGAACAAUGGUGAGGGGUGUAAUCCAAGUGGCUGAGCAAUGAAUACUGCCCUGCACCAGUUUGGUACCAGCUUUUCUAAAAAAAAACAAACCCUCCAGCUGCAUUCUUACUUGCUUUUUUAAGCAGGGAGAAUACAGCUGCCUCUGAAUACCUUGGACUAAUUCUGUGGGCGCAAGGGAGUCUAAUUUAUUUUUUAAGUGUUGAUCUGUAUUCAGUUUGAGGCAGCUAGAUGGAUGUUACUUCCUAGACCCUGUGCCUGCUGGUAGAGGUCAUCUAAAGGUCAUCUGCAUUAAAAUCUAUAGUGUUUAACAUUCUACACUUCUAUUUCCACUGCAUGGGCUGUGUGUAGGCCCACGGUACAUAAUACUACUGCCUUCAGCUGCUGGAAAUAAUGGGUACCAAUCCAUUAGUUCCUGGAAGUCCCUGGAAGUGACAGUACCAUUAUAACUCUCAAGCAGUGAUAAAUGCCAAUAAGGUAGUCACUUAAAGUGCACAGUGGCAUGGUAUGGAUCACUGCACUAAAUGUAGCAGUUUGUGGGUUUUGUUUAUCAACUGCUAGAUGCAGUAUAAAAUGCUCUAGAAGCUGUUUUUAUUCAUAGCCCUUUUGCCCUGCUCAUUGCAAAACACUUUUUGCCAUACAA